UCUACACUGUCCUCUCCACUAUACCCACUGUACCGCAUUGCAAAUGCAACUGCUGCAACUCCAAGACUGUCUCUGUCUGUACCUUCCUUCCACUACGGCAGGUACAACACGCUACAACGCGCUACAGCACACAUCCGUGCGUUUCUGCCCUACCAUUCUACUCGAUCAAGCAUUGCCGGCACCCAGGUUUCUGCCAACCAAACCCGUCACUCUCCACAUUGUCUACACAUCCCCCAGAAGCAGUUAAGGCUCAUCGGCAGCUAUCUCGAUUCAGAACAAAACAUUUCACGUCACACCCAAAAAGAAAAGCUUCUAUUAGAAUGGCCGACAUUACCGAUCAACAACCCGACCAGGCGUCGCCAUCCGUACUCGAGGACGCGCAUGCCGUGGGCAAUGGUACCGCGACCGCGCCCGAUAACCGUGGUGUGAAGCGCCAGCGCCCAUCCACGGCCGACGACGAUGACGAUGAUGAUGAUAAGCCCGGUCGCGAGAGGAGGAAGAUUGAGAUCAAGUUCAUCGCCGACAAGUCACGUCGUCACAUCACCUUUUCCAAGCGCAAGGCCGGAAUCAUGAAGAAGGCAUACGAGUUGUCUGUUCUGACCGGCACCCAAGUCCUGCUGCUCGUUGUCUCCGAGACUGGCCUUGUGUAUACGUUCACCACCCCGAAGCUUCAGCCUCUUGUCACCAAGGCCGAGGGCAAGAACCUCAUUCAGGCCUGCCUCAACGCUCCAGAGCCAGCCGGCAACAACGAGAACGGCGUCGAGGAUCAAAACCCCGUCGAGUCGCCCGAAGAACCAGCACCACAACACCUCCCCGCCCAGCAAAGCAGGCCCGGCAUGCAGACGGCGCCCAUGCACCCCAAUUACCUCCCCGUCGACGCGCAACAAAUAGCCUACCAGAACUACCUGGCGCAACAGCAGCAGCAGCAGCGCGGGGGCUACCCGGGCAUGCCCCCACAAGCCGGCAUGCCGCAGCAGCACUCGCACCAGGCAUGAGUUGUUAUUACCCACACCCACGUAUAAUCAACCUGCAUUCGCCGCGGACACAAAAGCCGACUAUUUCCACAACUGAUACCCGAGUUUAUAAAAUGCGAGACGCCGUCUGCACUGCACUCCUCCUAUCCGCGCCGCCGGCGUCAAUUGGACUUAUUUCUCAAAAAAAAAGAACCCACACCGUUUGUUUUUUUGCUGCAGUUGGUGUUACUGGUGCUUGAUUUUUUUGGUGUCCCGCCUCAUGGGAUUGAUUACUGGGGGGGUCCGAAUGCCCUCUUGUUUGCUACUGCUCGUCUCGUCUUCGUGUCUCGUCUUCGUGUCUCGUCUGUGUCUCUCUCUCUGUCGUCGUCGUCGUUUUCAAGUUAACUUACUUUCUUUGAUUGUCCUACAUUUGUCCCUGCGUACGGAUUAUAUUUCCUACGCGCUUGUCUUGGAUGGGUGCCACUUGUCAGGGUGGGCGACGGAUUGUAGCGCGGAUUUUAUAAAUCUUUCUGCUGGGGCUUGGGGCAGGGGCGGGAUGGUAUUGGAAGG